AGUUCAAAAACAGAGCGCAAAACAACAGGAUUAUUUUUUAAGUUUAAGUCUUUGCAAACAUGGAAAUUGAAAAGACAAUGAAAAUUUAUCCCAUAGAGUGCAUUACGCCAUACCAUAAAAAUUGGGUAAUGAAGGUAAGAGUGAUUCAAAAAUCACCAAUAAGAACUUGGAGUAACGAUCGGGGGCAGGGAAAACUUUUUUCAAUGGAUUUAAUUGAUGAAAGUGGGGAAAUUAGGGCCACAGCUUUUAACGAAGAAUGCGAGAAAUUCUACUCAUCAAUUAAGGUUGACGAGGUAUAUUUUAUUUCUAACGCUCAACUAAAAACGGCCAACAAGAAUUUUUGUACUCUUAAUAAUGAUUAUGAAAUGACUUUUGGAAGAACGACAGAGGUCAGUCAUUGCGACGAAGACUCUUCAGAAAUUCCGUCAAUCACGUUUGACUUCACAUCCAUCUCAGAUGUUUUUAAAAAAGAAAAAGAUAGCGUUAUAGAUGUGAUUGGGAGGAUAAAUUUUGCUUCAGGAAAGUCAUCUUAUAUUUGUCCUUUGACUCAAAAGGAAACCAUAUUCAGAGAUAUUCAACUAGUUUCAGAAGAUGGAACUAAAAAGAUAAAUAUAACGAUUUGGGGAAACUUGGUAGAUGACGUUGAUGUCGUCUCUAAACCUAUAAUUGCUUUUAAAAAAGUUAAGAUUACAAAUUCCAAAGUAUUUGGAACAUCUUUAAAAACAACUAGUGCUUCGAUUAUAAAGAUCAAUCCCAAAGGAUUCUUACCUAUGUAA